AUGGAACCAAAGCGAAGACAGAGCUCCACUUGUAGCAGCAGCGAAGAACUAUUCGAGUUCGUUGACUAUACUUCAGUGUCCAACUUUGAGCGUCUCAGCACCGCCAUUGCUGAAAUCUUUGCUUCGUGGGGUAUCAAGGACGGCAAUCACGGCAUCUUUAACGACACUCGAUCCAGCAACAACAACAACGACGACACCACCACUUCCUCGCGUAGUGAAUUACUCUCCAUUGGCGAUGAGACCUACAAUCUGACCUACUCAUAUCAUCCGUCUAUAUCUCGACAACGCUAUGAUACCCAUCAUGACUCUUUGGCUUAUGCGGAUUUUUGCCAUAUGGGCCAAGAUAUCCACCCGCUACAUCGUUCAACUGGGCUCGAUAGACUCUUUGUAUUGACACCCGCUCAAGAUUCACUAAAGACAAGGCUCUUUUCGCAAGCGAGAUCCACAGUGGAAUUGCCCCAAGCUAAGAUACUCUUAUCAGCAUGUGCCCUCGCUAUUCAAGAAGUGAAAUGCACCGUACCCGUCUUUGUGCCAGUGGGUCAGGAACGACAAGGAAUGUAUAUUGGAUACCUCUUGCACACCAUCGAUCCCCAUGACUCCUUGUACAAUAUGGAAUUUCGAUUCAAUACAUCCGUUACCUAUCCACUUUCAUCACAACACAUUCGAUUGGAUGGCUUGUAUCAGCUAUUUGCACAAAAAAUGGAUACCUUUUACGAAGAUUGUGGUGUCCUUGCUCCUACAGAGGAUGAGAGGGAAUGCCAUGUAGCAGGCGCAUUCACAUACACUUGCAAAAACUGGUUUGAUGAGAAUUGGAAGACAUUGGAUGGAUGGACCAAUACGACAACCCCUUCUCUCCCAUUUGGGUCCUACAAUGAUCCACUCAGAGGAUUAUCUCUCAAGACGCUAUUUCCACUUGCACCCCAAUCCACCUAUCUCGACACCACUGUUCAAAGCAACAUGAAUUUGAUCACAUCACAACAUUGGUUCUUGUCAUGCGAAAGUGCUCCUCCUUCACAACAACGAUCGUUUUUAUCAAUGCUUUUGGACAAUCUGAUAUCGUCAUGGAUACGGGAUCCUGGCAACCAUGAUUAUCUUCAACCUUAUGAUGCAAGCAAUCAAAGUGGUGGUGAUGAUCUACGACGAGGCGAGAGUGGACUUGUACGUAAUUUAUUCCAUGCUAUGGGUCCUGGACGCAAAGAAAGAGGCGGUACCAGCAGCAGCAGCAACAACAAGAACAACAACAACGUCAACAAAAGGAAUUCAGUAUCCGGAACAAGGACCGAUUCGAUCAUGGAUAUCCUUGAAGCCAUCUUUGAGCAGAAUGGAAAGCAUGAAACACAACAAAGUGGUGACCAUGUGGAUGAAAAACGGCAACUCUAUUCAGCGAGCGCACUUGGUCUACGCUUACAACAUGGGACAUCUGUACCCUACAAGUCAUUCUUUUGGAAUUUGCUCUUUUACGCUUUGCAUGUUUUAUCGGAUCCUGCAAGAACACCAGGCACCUCACCCAUUGAAUUACUCAGAAGUUUAUGGGCUCAAGUAUUACGUCAACUUCGCUCACACUGGGAACAUGCGACGCCCAUCCCCAAUGUGGAUACUUCACUCUAUGGAUCGGACAAUGACAAUGACGUAUGUGGGGUUGAUCUAAGAUACAAUUUGCUUCAUCAAAAACUCGCCAUGAUCAAUUGUUGUAUUGAACGAUGCAUACGUGACGGCAUUAGCAAGGCCACUUCCGACACGCCGACGAUCCCCAAACGACAACAUGUAUCCAAGCUGUUUGAUGAUCUUGAGCGUCCAGAACAAUCGGCGUCCGAUAGCGCCUUAGAUAAAUUCAACUUGUUUUUGGAGAAACUCGUGGAUCCUGAUGAUAAUGAAACGUCAUCCUCUACACCUACUGAGAGUACACAUAAAGGGAUGAGUCAUGACGAUGGAGAGAUGAGUGAUGGCGAUAUGUUUUUCGAUCCAUUGGAAGAUUUCGUGGAUGAUGAUGAUGACAUUCCUCCCAAAUCAGCGUCUCGCAAAUCCACGCCCAUCACUACUGUGUCGGAUAAGACGGCGGCAUCGCAUUCCUCAUCCUUAUCAGAUGUCUCUGAAGUGGCCCAUCCUCGUUCCAUGUCUGAAUCAUUUGUCCGCCUAAAUUACUCUGAUUCAACACGACGACCGCACUUGGAGAAAGCAAGUUCAAAUGAUCACUUGUACCAAAUCACCGAUCCUGAUGCAUCCGAAGGUUGUAAACACCAACAUCCAACAUUGAAACUUUUAAAGACAAAUGAGCCCAUGUGGAUUCCAGAGACGCAGGACGGUGGAUUUAUGACGGAAGAUAUGGUCAAGCAGCAAGCAGAUGUAUUUGAACGUUUGGGAACAUCCGAAGAUGCCACACAGAUGCGUGCAAAAUUACAAUCAGCUCAGCUGUAUUCAGAUAUGCAAGCAUUCAAGGCAGCCAAUCCACAUGCUAUAUUGGAAGAUUUUGUUCGAUGGCAUUCUCCCAAAGAUUGGAUACAAGAUGCUGAGGAUGAACAAAAAGGACAACUAAGUGCUCGUAUGGCUGAUCCAAGGAACAUAUGGCAAGAAUUGUGGAAGAGCUCUCCACGGAUACCUGCAUCUCGACAAAAACCAUUGUUUGAUGUGUACGCUGAAGGUGAAAAGGCACUUCAUUACUUAGAGACGCUGUCCAUUCAUGAAGUCUUUGGCAUGCUUCUACCAACGGUGGCAUUGAUUGCCUAUGAUACCUUGGUCUCGCACCCUGUUGCUCGACGUGUGCAUACAGUUGUUCAAGGCAUGCAAGAAUUAGGAUCCAUCACGGUAGAAUUUCCAUGGCAUCAACUAAGGAUCGGUAAAUGUUCAGUGACCACCCUCCUCUCGAGUAUUCGAAAGCAAGAGUCUCUCAUGUGUAACGCCAUUUCGCUUUUACGCAAACUUCCUCAUCAGGAUGAAUUGGUCAAUCGCCUAUUGACUGAACAAGAGACUGAGAUUCAUCAAGGAUCCGAGCGUGACACUGUGCUUGAUUUAUUCUGUGCUGAACAACCAUCAAGCCGUGAAUAUGUAUUAUACAGUAAUUGCCCAGGUGCAGGACACAACGACCAAAUCUUUCCUAUGCGUCAAUAUGCCCUGAUAAAAGAUAAUGAAUUACGUGUGGUGGAUAUGUAUCCUUCAUGCCCACAAUAA